AUGUUUCAAAGCAUUCUUCUAUCAGAUUUGACACCACAUAGUAACACUUAUGAGCAAACACAAUGGGAAAAUGGCAUGCCAUUCACAGAAUCGUCCACAGUUCCGGAAUGCGAUACAAAAAAAGAGUCAAUAAAAACUGCAAGGAAGAAAUGCAAACGUUUACGGACAAACUUUACAUGGGAACAAUUACGGAUGUUAGAGAGUACAUUCGAGAAGACAAAUUACAUUCACGUAAGCCACCGGCGAGAGCUAGCUCAGAAAUUGGGCAUUGAGGAAAAAUGCAUCAGAAACUGGUUCCAAAAUAGGAGAAUGAAAAAGAAAAGGCAAUCUUCAGAGUCAAGUGAUUCUUUAGCUGAGCCAGAGACAAUGAUUCCUCAACCAUUGAGUAAUUCACCAGUAAUAAAUCCAGACUAUAAUUUCGUAUUACCUAGUAAUCACGGUGAGAAUUUGUAUGCAACUUCUGAUGUUGCCCAAACAUCAACCAAUUCACUCGAUGCAGAACUUUGUUACGACACCAAUAUGGACUAUACGUACACCCAAUAUUAUCCAAUUAAUACAUUAACAUACAACAGUUCGGUACAAGAUACGUCCUGUCAAUAUUACGAAAAAAAUAAUUAUUGGUGCCCAAACAAUUUCAAUAACUUUAAUAAUUUAAAAGAGACGAACUAA